GCUAAGUGGCCUCUAAAUUUCGCCAGCCCGCGCGAGAGGCGAGGCAGCGCCAGGGCGCGGAGCCUGCGAGGGAGCCGAGGGCGGCGGCCCGGCCCCUCCGCCCGCCCGCGUGCGCCCCCGCCCCUUCCCUGCCCCUCACCCAUGCAACUUGGAACCCGGAGCUCCGAGGGGGCACGGCGCGGCGGCGGCGGCGGCGGCGGGGGAGCGUCCCCAUGCCGGUUGUGCGCUCCCGCCCGCCAGCGGGGAGGCGGCGGCGCGUAGAGGGGCCAGAGCGCCGAGCGCAGCCAGCAGCCCGCGCCCCUCCAUGUGUGUGCUGGCGGCGGCGGCGGCUCCCGCGCUGACGGCUCCGGCUCCGCACCCUCGAGGACGCCGCGCGGCCGGCCCCGCCGGGGGAGCCGGGGUAAGGGGGCGGGUGCGGCCGGGCCGGGCUGGCUGCGCGAGCUGGAGCGGGGCCGGAGCGAGAGCGUGAAUGCUGCGGGGAGAGCGCACUGCCUGGAUGUCCACGAUUAAAGCCCCGGGCGGCAGCUGCGGCAGCGCCAGAGCUGGAGGAAGCAAAAGGCAAAGAGGAGAACGGAGACAGAGAGGACAGGGGCAGGAGGGGUAGGCAUUUCCGGCGCCUCCUGGUCCCCACUGCUACUAUUGUUACUGUUUAGCAUCUGGGUGCGCUUGGGAAAAAAAAGGAAAAAAAAAAAAAAAAAGGACCUGACUCUUCCCUCUCCCGGCGUUUCUGCACGCAGGGAGAAUUAUUAUUUUUCUAACCCGACUCUUGGAUUCGAACGUGGCCCGGCUCAGAGAGGAGCCGGCUACUUUUAAGACAACAGCCCUGGCCGCAGCAGCGUCCCACACCCUCGGAAGAUUCCGCGUGGGUUUCAGUGCGUGCCGCCGGCGGGCCGAGGGCUGAUUAUUUUGGGGGGUGUGGAGGGAGGUCCCCCGGAGAAACAAUUUGGGAUAUAUUAUGAACAGCAUGGAGGAGAAUGACCCAAACCCCAGCGAAGCGGCGGCGGCGGCGGUGGAAGGACAGCCGCAGCCAGAAUCCAGCAAUAGGGGCAGCUCUAGCGGCAGCGGCGGCGGCAGCAGCCCCAGCGACGUGGACACCGGCCGCCGGCGGGCUCUGAUCCUGCCCGUGGUCCUGCAGGCGCCGGGCAACCACCAGCAUCCCCACCGCAUCACCAACUUCUUCAUCGACAACAUCUUGCGGCCGGAGUUCGGCCGGAGGAAGGACGCCGGAACGUGCUGUGCGGGCGGAGGGGGAGGAAGAGGAGGCGGAGGAGAAGAAGGCGGAGGAGGAGGAGGCUGCGCGGGCGGUGCAGAGGGAGGCGGCGGCGCGGGCGGCCCCGAGCAGCUCUUGCUGUCCGGCGCCCGCGAGCCCCGGCAGCACCCCUCCUCUUUGCCCGGGGCGGGCGGGCCGCUGUCCUGCGGUGGGAGCGACUCUCCCGGCGACGGUGAAGGCGGCUCAAAGGCGCUCUCGCUGCACGGCGGGGCCAAGAAAGGCGGCGACCCGGGUGGCCCCCUGGACGGAGCGCUCAAGGCCCGCGGCUUGAGUGGCGGCGACCUGUCGGUGAGCUCGGACUCGGACAGCUCUCAGGCCAGCGCCAACCUGGGCACGCAGCCCAUGCUCUGGCCGGCCUGGGUCUACUGCACGCGGUACUCGGACAGGCCUUCUUCAGGGCCCAGGUCUCGAAAACCAAAGAAGAAGAACCCGAACAAAGAGGACAAGCGGCCGCGCACCGCCUUCACCGCGGAGCAGCUGCAGAGGCUCAAGGCCGAGUUCCAGACCAACAGGUACCUGACUGAGCAGCGGCGGCAGAGCCUGGCUCAGGAGCUCAGCCUCAACGAGUCGCAGAUCAAGAUUUGGUUCCAGAACAAGCGCGCCAAGAUCAAGAAGGCCACGGGCAACAAGAACACGCUGGCCGUGCACCUCAUGGCGCAGGGCUUGUACAACCACUCCACCACGGCCAAGGAGGGCAAGUCGGACAGCGAGUAGGGAAGGCGGGCGGCGGGAGGAGGACACCGGGAGUCCAGCUUUCAGUCCACGUUAAACAAUGCAAUAAUUUAAAAACAUGAAUAAAGGGCCAGUGUAUAAAGAUUAUACCAGCAUUAAUAGUGAAAAUAUCGUGUAUUAACUAUGAUUCUGCAAUAUUCUAUGUAUAUAUAAUUUACAGGUGGUGUAAAAUCCAAAAUAUCUGACUAUAAAAUAUUUUUGAGUUUUUGUGUUUAUAAGAUUAUGCUAAUUUUAUGA